GAACCUCGCAGUCAAGAUGGCUACGACAGGAAUGUAUAAAAUGGAUGAUGGAAGCAACUGUGCAACUAACUGCUUUCCUGCCAGGGGCAUUUUACGUGCAAGUAAAGAAGGGUCUGGGCGCUGGGUGCUGGCACGCAGAGCUACCCCAAGGGCUUGGACUGAGAAGGGGACCACCGGGGAGACACCACAGCAGAGGAGGAAGCCCCCAAAUUCUGCCUCCAUGGAAGAAAAUAAUGAAGACAAUAUCCUAGAUGAGCCAUUUCUGAUGAAGCACCACUGUUUGAAGAACCCCUCUGACCUGUGCUCUGUGAACAUAAGCAGCCAAAAUCUGGUCUCUGCUAAAGAAGAUGAUUUUGAGAAAUUUGAUGGUGUCACUUUUAUAAAUGCUGCUGAGAACCUGCUGACAUUAGAGCCAUUUCGGAAGUUUCCAGGACUGAGGGAACUGGAACUUUCCUUGAACGGACUAAGAAAUCUGAAAAUCACUGCUGGAGAAUUCCUGCAUUUGGAAGAUCUGGAUCUCUCCUACAAUAAUUUGUCCACCCAGGACAUUUGGACAUUGGGAGAUUUGUCCCAGCUCAAAGUUCUUCGUUUGACAGCCAAUGGGCUUCGGUCUCUGCCUCCGGACCUGGCAGGCUCCUGGGACUCUGCUCAUUUAAGGUUUCCAUCUCUGGAGGUUUUGUCACUGGAUGACAAUCGUCUGUCACACCCAAGCGUCUUUGUGAGCCUGUCUCAACUCCGCAGCCUGAGGGAGCUGAAUCUGGACAGGAACAGGAUUUCGGCUGUCCCCUACCUGCACCAAGCAGAGAGCAAGCAGUUCUUCCUCCACCCUGCUCUGGAUGGCGACAGCUUCAGAGCAGAGUGGUACAGGUCCCUGAGCAACCUCUGGCUGCAGCCCCAGAUGCCACAGCAGGAGGGCACGGAGGUGGCAGCAGAGCUGGAAGUGAAGAAAGGACAGCGUGAACUUGUGUUACAAAACCUCACGGAUACAGAGAGGAUGGAGGUCGUGUUUAAUUCUGGCUCUCAGAAACACCUGGCACCGGUUGUUCCCAGGGAAGGAGAUCCAUCUGCCUCUCAGACUCUGCUGGCUCCCUCCAUGCACAGGAACGUUUGUGCUCCAUUUCCUGAGCUGAAACGUCUCAGUCUGGCCUUCAACAAGAUCGCAGAUGAGCCAGCUCUCUUACCUGUGGCUUUCUUCCUGUGCCUGGAGGAGCUGACGUUUCACAACAACCCUCUUACCACUCUCCGCUGAACCUCCGCUCCUCCAGGGCAGCCGCUUCUGCUGACACGGCUCCUCCAGCACAAUCUGGGGAUUAAACUUAUCCGACAGAAGAGUCCACCCACAGAGAGGCUGCACUUCUCCAUCCCUCGCAAAGCCAGACGCAAGGUCACGUCGCAUCUCCCCAAAGUCACGAAGCAACCGCUGAUGCUGGAAGCUCCUGUCACAACCAUUCUGUGGAAGCAGCUCCCAGCUGCGAGAGAUGCUGCACCUCCGAGUCCAGCCCAGCCUCUGCCCCCCGUCAGCCCUGUGACCCCAGCUGGCAGCCAGCGGACGGCACUGGGGGAAGGGGAAGGUGACUCCAGGCCUCCUCCUGGCCCAGCCGAGGAGGACGUUGCAUCUUUCUUCAUGACACAGGUGGAGGAUGUGUCCAGACCCCUGCCAAGACCCGUGGCAGAGGGCAGGCUGGAGAUGAAGAGUGAGCAGAAGGGGGAAAGAACCUCCCAGGUGGUUCCAGAACGAUACAAAGGCUAUGAGGAGCUGCUUGGUGGAGACACAGACACAGAUUUUAUCGACCCAGUUGGGAUACAGAAGAACGUGCAGGCACUGUACUUCAUCCUGAAGCACCCCCUGAUUCACCGGGAUGCAAAGCCACGACUGGACACCAUACAGAAGCCCUACGUACCUUGGAAAAAGCAAGGGAGGAUGCCUGGCCUGCCCGCCCGGAAGACGAGAGCAGAGGUCCUGGAAGGAAUCCUGCUGGCCAUGAGGAACACCUCCACCAUCACUGAAGUCCCCUUGGCCUCUGUUCUGCAGACAAGGAAAUCCAGCCCCAGGGCAUAUCGGGAGGCACGGAGGCUGAUGGAAGAAUUCCGGGAGGUGUUCGAGAUCUACUCUGCAAUCGUUGGCAAGGAGAAGGCCAAGCCGUCGGAUGAGGCGCAGGCGAUAAAAGCUGUUCUUGAAGAGAAAGGCAACAUCGUCCACUAG